CUUCCGACGUUUCUCUUGUAGCCAAUGGCAAGCCCUCCCUGGUAUAUGAGAGCUUUCGAUUAAGACAGGCUCCUUUCUCUACCAAUCACAACACAGUAUUUCUGGUAGUAGGUGGGACGUCAACAGGAAACGCCAGAAAUGAAAUCCAACCGAUUAGAAGAACUAGGCUAUUUUGGCCUAUGAGAACACGAUUUUUGUACGGAUUCCGUUGCCCAGGUUGCUCUGCUGAAUUCCAUUACCGUCCAUUAAAGUAGUGGAAUUGGACACACAUAUCACGGAGGUGUAUAGAGGGGGUCUGCUGGGUUAAUGCGCGUGUUCUGCAGGGGGUUCGUAUCACUGGAUCACUGGAUCGGAGGAGGAUCGCCUUGAUGUGCGCUGAGCACAUCCUCCCUCGGCCCGUGGCUACACACACAGCCCGCCGAGGGGGACCGAUCCGGGAGUAGACAGGUGGUUCGGUUCGACUCGACGCUCGGUCGCUAAACGUCUAGAACUGGAUGCCGCUUCCGUCAUCAUGAGUCCGGCGGGGUGCUCGCACGUGAGCGGGUUCAAGGUGGACAACUGGAGGCAGAACCUGCGCGUGAUCUACCAGUGCUUUGUGUGGAGCGGGACGCUCGAGACCAGGAAGCGAAAGGCCAAGGCGUGUGUGUGUCACAUGUGUGGGGUCCAUCUGAGCCGGCUGCACUCGUGUCUCCACUGCGUCUUCUUCGGAUGCUUCUCCAAGAAACACAUCCACGAGCACGCCAGAGCCAAGAGACACCACCUGGCGGUGGACUUGCUGUAUGGUGGCGUGUACUGUUUCCUGUGCCAGGACUACGUCUACGAUAAAGACAUGGAGCUCAUCGCCCGAGAGGAGCAGAGGAAAGCCUGGAAACUACAGGGCGUGGGGGAGAAGUUCUCCUCGUGGGAGCCCAGCAAACGGGAGCUGGAGCUGCUGCGCAACAACCCCAAGAGACGCAAGAUCACCAGCAACUGCACCAUAGGCCUGCGUGGUCUGAUUAACCUGGGCAACACGUGCUUCAUGAACUGCAUAGUGCAGGCGCUCACACACACUCCCCUGCUGAGGGACUUCUUCCUGUCCGACCGCCACAAGUGUGAGAUGCAGGCCAACUCCUGCCUCGUGUGUGAGAUGUCCCAGCUCUUUCAGGAGUUCUACUCAGGCCACCGCUCCCCCCACAUUCCGUUCCGGCUGCUGCACCUGGUGUGGACUCACGCGCGCCACCUAGCGGGCUACGAGCAGCAGGACGCCCACGAGUUCCUCAUCGCCGCACUGGACGUGCUGCACCGCCACUGCAAAGGAGACGAUAACGGUAAGAAGGCCAACAACCCAAACCACUGCAGCUGCAUCAUCGACCAAAUCUUCACCGGCGGCCUACAGUCGGACGUCACCUGCCAAGUCUGCCAUGGCGUUUCCACGACGAUCGACCCGUUCUGGGACAUCAGUCUGGACCUGCCCGGUUCCUCCACGCCGUUCUGGCCUCUGAGCCCCGGAACUGGACCCGGAACCGGAACCGGAACCGGAACCGACCCCAACGCCAACGGAGAGAACCACGGGACCGGCACCACCACGCUCACAGACUGCCUGCGCAGGUUCACGCGUCCAGAACACCUGGGCAGCAGUGCCAAGAUCAAGUGCAGCGGUUGCCUUAGUUACCAGGAGUCCACCAAACAGCUGACCAUGAAGAGGCUCCCUAUAGUGGCCUGCUUCCACCUCAAGCGGUUUGAGCACUCUGCCAAGUUGAGGAAGAAGAUCUCCACGUAUGUUUCCUUCCCUCUCCAACUGGACAUGACCCCCUUCAUGGCCUCCAGUAAGGAGAGCAGGAUGAACGGCCAGUACCAGCAGCAAAUGGAUUCCCUAAACAACGACAACAAGUACUCUCUGUUUGCGGUGGUUAACCACCAGGGGACGCUGGAGAGCGGUCACUACACCACCUUCAUCAGGCAGCACAAGGACCAGUGGUUCAAGUGUGACGACGCCAUCAUCACCAAAGCCAGCAUCGGGGACGUGCUCAACAGUGAAGGGUAUCUGCUCUUCUACCACAAACAGUUUCUGGAGUACGAGUGAGGGGCAAUGGCCACGCCCCUACUUCAAAUCAGCCAAUCAGCAACUGCUACAGGAAGAGAGACACGCCCCUACUUCAAAUCAGCCAAUCAGCAACUGCUACUACCAGGAGGGCGGCUCAGCCUCCAGGAAGAGAGACACGCCCCAAUGUCCCUUACGCCUGAGAGGACACACACACACACACACACACACACACGCCUGAGACUUUUAUCAGGCCAGAGAGGACACACACAUACUCUCACUCCUGAGACUUUUAUCAGACCAAAGAGAGGACACACACACAUGCUCACAUACACACACACACACACACACACACACACACACUCUCACUUCUGAGACUUUUAUCAGACCAAAGAGAGGACACACACACAUGCUCACACACACACACACACUCUCACUUCUGAGACUUUUAUCAGACCAAAGAGAGGACACACACACAUGCUCACACACACACACACACACUCUCACUUCUGAGACUUUUAUCAAGCUAGUGAGGACACUCUCUCUCUCGGUCAGACACACACACUCUGUCUCACACACACACACACACACACACCUGUGGUGUGCAGUGUUCCUGAGCAAGAGGACACUCUUGUCUCACACACACACACACACACACACACCUGUGGUGAGCAGUGUUCCUGAGCAGUAGGACCUGAAGAAAGAUAGAUCACUACCUCCCUCUGAUGAACGAGUGGAAUGUCUCUCUCUCUCCCUCCACUGUGUGUGUGUGUGUGUGUGUGUGUGUGUGUGUGUGUGUGUGUCGUUCGGAGUAAUUUCACCAUAAGGUUCAUCGCACCAUGAGCUCGGGCCAAACGCUCCGGAAUCUCUUGUCCUGGUGGAGCAUCGGCUCUCAGUGGAACAGCCACUCCAUCACCGCUUACACACACUCUGUACUGUGUACACACACACACACACACUCCACCGCUUACACACACACUGUACUGUGUACACACACACACACACACUCCAUCACCGCUUACACACACUCUGUACUGUACACACACACACACACUCCAUCACCACUUACAGUACACACCCGCUGUACUGCGCACACACACACACACACACACACACACACACACACACACACACACACACACACUCACACUCCAUCACCGCUUACACACACGCUGUACUGUACACACACACACACACAUGCUCCAGACUGCUGCAGACCUCUCUGGAACACCCCCUUCCAUUUAUAUAACACACACACACACACACACACACACACACACACACACACACACACACACACACACACAGGGUGAGCACAGUAAACACACCUGAAGCAUGCCACUUGUAGUGGCAGCCUUUCGGCGGCCGCUUCAGAGAGCGGAUAACACCGGACAACGCGCGUCUUUUUAGAUUAUAGAAAUUUAUUUUACUAAACUUUGACUAGUACAAAACAAACAAACCUCUAUCGCAUUCACGCGGUUCAAAAAUUGUUUGCCACUUCCGCUCUACCUGGCCAGAGGUGUGCCAGCCCUAUAAUUGAUUCUCCGUCAAUCAGACGGCCAGACGUCACUCAAUUAGCUAGACAGGUUUAACUUAAAGUUCCAUACAUUUAAAUCAUAUUCACCAUCAUUCUAAAUCAUAUUUCAUGAACAUAAAUAUCAUUCUAAUGUCUUUGGCAUUUUAUCAAUAAU